CUCCCUCCUCUCCCUCCACGCUGCUGGUUUCAGGAAGCGGAAGCAGGAAUGUUGGAGUGUUUUCAGAAAAGUUUGGGCAAGUUUGACAGUUUGGCAGCAGGGACUCGAACUGCGGAGGAACAUGACGGUGUGUUUCCUGUUGCUGAUGUUGCUGUAGAGUUGUCAGUCUUCUCUGUCUGACUGACUGACCCCAAACAGACACACAGACAGACAGGCAGAUAUGGAGAGUGGAGUUCUGGGAAUGGACACCAGCACUGCUCCAGAUCCCAGAGGGCAGUCAGACUGCAACAUAGCUUGUCUGCGGCGUCAGGCCUGGGCCCAGAGCAAAGACUCCAUCUGGCAAAAAUCAGCACCAGAGCACUGUGGCCCCCAGGAGCCCCAACAGAACCAGAGGGAUGGGGAAGCACAGAGACCCUCAGAAGAACCAGGGCAAGUUCCUAACAACAUAACCAGCUGGCUGAUUGAAUGCAGGACUCCCCUCGGAGCCUCUCUAGAUGAUCAGAGUGCUUCUCCCAGCAGAGGAGUGCUGAGGAACGGCUGCAGCUUUGAAGAUGACCUUUCACUGGGAGCUGAAGCCAACCAUCUUCAGUCCAGUAACAAUAAAACUGAAUCCUGUUUUGGUCUGGUGGCGGAUCAGAAGAGGAGUCGGUAUAAAGAGAAAGGAAGAAGUAUGAACUCCACAGGAUCAGGGAAGAGCAGCACCGUGUCCAGUGUGUCAGAGCUGCUGGACCUGUACGAGGAGGACCCUGAGGAAAUUCUCCUAAAUCUUGGUUUUGGGCGAGAAGAACCCGACCUAGCCUCGAAGGUUCCCUCCAGGUUCAUCAACAGCACUUCCUCAGCCCGAGGCAUUGACAUCAAGGUCUACCUGGGAGCUCAGCUGCAGCGCAUGGAACUGGAGAACCCCAACUACGCUCUGACUAGUCGUUUCCGUCAGAUUGAGGUCCUGACUACAGUAGCUAACGAAUUCUUCCAGCUCUACAGUCAGGUCUCUGGUCAGCCUGUCCAACGCAUCAGCCCUAGGGACCAAGGAGGAGAAGGAGGAGAAGGAGGAGAAGGAGGGGGAGAAGAGUCUCCUCAUCCUCCUCCAAAGAGGAGCAACUCAGCUCUGAAUGUUGCCAAACUCCUCAAGAAAACCCUCUCCAAACACAACCUGCAUGCCGCCGCCUCUGAGUCAACUGAGGCACAAACACCUAACCAGCACACACAGUUGAACGGACACGCCCCCUCUGAUCACACAAACACCAACGGUCACGCACACACCGGUCCAGUACAAGACAGCUGCAGUACUGACCCUGACCACCAGGCAGAUACAGUCAACCAGAAACACAACCGCAAGAAAGACAGCUGUUCCCUGGCAACAGUUACAGAGGAAACCAACGGGGAUGGAGAGACAGAUGACAGUCCUGAACAGAGCGGUGCCAGACCAGCAACCAGUGGCGAGAAUCAACCUGAGUCAGCCAAUCAGAGAACAGAGGAGGGAACCCUGACGGUCCAAGAGAAGGAGGAGAAGAACCUGACCUCAACCCCAGAGAAAGCUCCUCCCACCCUGGCCCCCCUCCAGCUUGCCCAGCUUCGCACAGAAAACACAGACUCUUUCGACAUGGAGGAGAUUCAGAGUAACGAUGAUGAGGCUCUGCCGCACAGAACUUCCAGAACCAGCGACCUGUUGAGGACUGUCAGUCAGCAGUCAGACAGCAGUGGCUUUGCUGAGGAGCCCUCUGCCGACUCCAACAGCUACCUGAAGGUGCAAGACAGUAGUGACAGCUGUGACAGCGAGACCACUGUGACAUCACACCCUUCACAAGAUGUGACCACACCCCUAGCGCUGGACCAACCAGCGUUUGAUCUGCCAGAUGGCUCACAGGAAGAGGCGAGGCUGGGAGGUGCUGCUGAGGCUGAUGGGAGGAGUAGUUCAAGGGAAGAAGACGAUCAUAAUGACAGCUCAGAGCAGGUUCCCCAGUACACAGCCCAUCAACUCCCCUUGAACAGACCAAUGGGAACAGAGCAGGAUGAGCUCCAGGAUAAAGAGCGAGUUGGGAGUGGGGAACGGACUGAUCCUGUACCAGACCCGGAGAUUACGCAGAGUAUGUCUGCUGCAGAACAACAUCCACAACACACUCAGAACCAGACUGAGACCACUGCAGACACAGAACAACCAACAGAGGGAGUGGGUCCUGAGGCCCAUGAAGAACAUGCAUUCUUGGAUGAUUCUUGUUCACUUUCUCCUCCUGGUCCACCCUCUCCAGUUCUCAGCGCUCUGAAACGAGCCAAACAGAACCAGCUGAGCCGAACAGGGCAGCAGGUCGACCACCGAGGACGAGGACGAGGACGAGGACGAGGCGGUAUCCCCCUGCAGAGGUCCUCCUCCCUGCCCUCCUCGCUCCUCUCACCCUCUAGGAUCGUGUCCUCUGUCAGAAUCCAGUUUGGCCGAGGACAGUCGUCCUGCACCCAGCCAAGGUACUCUUUCAAAUACACCCAGGAGGCUGAAGAGGACAAGGAAGCGGAAGAGGUGGAGAGGGAGGAGGAGGAGGAGAAGGACGAGGAGGAGGAGGAGGAGGAAGGGCAAAUCAACUGUUUGUCUACUUUGAUAAUAAACCCUUCCUCGUCUGACUGUAAAAACAAACCACUAAGGCUUCCUACAGAAGCUCCCAUCACACCUAAAGCCAUCCCACGCUACCUGAUGAGGUCAUCCUAUUCCCUGCAGAGCUCUAGCCCUCCUCCUGAUUGGCCACCAGCAGGCCCUUCCCACUCCUGGAGCACUCAGAGCGUUCCUGAUCUCUUCUCAAAUCAGCAGCAGCCGAGCCAGUUCCAAAUGAACAUAAACGCCAACCAAAACCAGCAAAGUUGGAAUCCAGGGCCAUCCAUGUUCCCUUAUCCUAACCCUAAUCCUAACCCUGCAGCUCAGUAUGCAAACCCAAACCCAAGCCCCAGUCGUAGUCCCAGCCUUAACCCUACCCCAUACCCCUUCACUCUGAACCCUCAUCCGCAGUACCCCUCCCCUCUCCAGCCAUACGCCAGUCUUCCUAACCUCUUUCACCACCACAACCCCUCCUUGAUGCACCAUGCUAGCCUAACCAGCCUCCACCAUCCGACAACUCCCACAAUUCCCCAGCAAGGCAGCCUCUCCAACUUGCAUCAUCCCCCAACUUCCACUGCUCCUCACCACUCCAGUCUGGGCAACCUGCAUCCGGGAACUCCAGUAAUGCACCACCAGGGCUGCAAUCAUCCAUACACUCAUCAGUCACCUUACCAUGCCACUCCUCACAGCUCGCAGUUUGCCUCACCCUACCUCGGUUACCCUGGGUACAGCAUGAAUCCACACUCGGCAUUCCCCCACCUGGUCCCCCAUUGUCCGCCGUUGGCCCCAGAACACAGCCUGCAUCCGAGGGGCGCUCCUCCUGCCUCGGGCUACUUCCCAGGCGCAGCCUCAACUCUUGGCCCAGGUCACAGCGUCCAACAGGGUCUGUCUCCUCCUGCUCCGUCCAGCACUGAGAUGCAGCUGAGGAAGGUUCUGCAUGAGAUCAGAGGAACGGUUCAGAGUCUUAGCCAGAACCGAGCUGACACACCGGACACGUUCAGUGAGCACAGAGCAGCUCUGCCCAGCCACCAGUCUUUGGCAGAAUUUCAGCAGAAAAGGCGUAGCCUGAACUUGUUCCGCAGUCAGAUGAUGGACCUGGAGCUGUCAAUCAUCCGACAGCAGGCUCUGGUCUACAAACACCUGAGUCCUGCUGACAGGAUGGAGGUGGAACAGCUUCAGUCUCUAAGAUCAGCAGUCAGAGAGGAGCUGCAGGAGCUGGAACAACAGCUGGAAGACAGACUAAUGGAGCUGACACAUCACACACAAUACAGGGGUCUCCAUAGAGACAGCAGUGUUGACACUUUGUCCACCGCCUCUGCACUGAGAGCAAUGGAGCCGGUGUCAGACCUCCUCAGAGAGCAGCUCUUCCUCCAAUCAGAGAUCAGCUAUGAUGGUCACACCCCCUCAACCAACCCCUCCUCUCGAUCCUCUAGUCCAGUCCGAGGAGGAGGAGAAGAUCGGGAGCAGAGACGAGGCGUGUACCGGGCAUCAAUCAACAUAACACCCGUUCCCCCGCCUCGACCCAACACAAACACUGAGGAAGAAGAAGAGGAGGAGGAGAAGGAGGGACAGAGGUACAGGGGGGUAGGAGGAGGAGGAGGAGGAGGAAGAAGAGGAGAAAUACCAGAUGUUGAGGGAGCAGCAGGAGGAGUCAGGGUGGAUAACCUACAGCAGCUCAUCAGAGAGAUUCGAGAGAGCGUGGCGCAGGAGGUGCGACGGGAGAUCUACAGCGAGCUGCUGGCUACUGUGUCACCACGGCGAUCGCCAUUGCCCGCAAGGCAACACCCCCUGUAGCCAUAGCAACAGCAGAGCUUUCACCCUUUCACCUUCAGCCUUAGUAACCACAGCCUGAGCAGAAACACUGUCUGUCUGCAACACUGUAUGCCUGAGUAACACUGUAUGUCUGUAACACUGAUGUUGUAAUGAACACAUCACCUACAUGUGAUAAACCUCGCCAGCCCCACCUGUGGACCGCCCGGCUGUUAACGAGUGCGCUCGUUAGUGAGAGGUGAAGGGCGGAACUUCAGACCGGACGCAGAGCGUGACGAGGAUGUUUACGUGUCUGGUUGGUUCUAGUGUGCCGGUGUGAUGCAUGCUGGGAACGCCAGUCAGGAUGAGCCUGUUCCUGUGAACCAUCAGCAAUGAUGUGCUGUCUUUUCCUCGCGUCUCCUGUUUUCUAACAAAGUCAGGCCUUAAACUACUACCACUACCACUACCACUGCCACUAAUACUCUACUAGUACCACCACUACUAGUGAUCAGGUCAGGACAUUAGCACAAAUUAUGUCCUGAUAAUGAUAAUCAGAAUAAUAAUAAUAAUAAUACGAUCAGUUGCUUUUAACUUAAAACAUAUUUAUCACUGUAACAAACUGUAGAGAAAACAGUCUGUUUAGAACACUGUUGUGAAAAAUCCAUAAAGUUAUCAGGGUUAAAUGUAGUCAAUACAAACUGUAAAGAACUACAAAAGUUAAACAGUUGGUUCACCGAAAUGAGAAAAAAAGACAUAUUUCCUCUCUUACCUCCCUGCACUUUUUUGGUUACAAGUUUUGACAUUUCUGCCUACACCCCAAUACAACAAAGGUUGGGUUAACAUGUUGUGUUAGCAUUAGCAGUAACUUCCAGUUCUGAUAUGGCUGUAGGGGUGAACAGUAAACUGAGGCUCUAAUAUCAAUGACAUCGAAUUAUGCUGGAUUACAUGCUUACAUGCAUCGUUUCCUGUAAAUCCCUUGUGUGUAGGUAGGUCAUUUGACUCCGCCUUUAACAAUGAGCACUGUCAUACAGAGAAGCAAUUACAAGUCAUCACAUUGAAUGGCUAUUGCUGAAAAGUGCUGAUCACAAAUAAUAUCAACAACCGGGUUAAUGAAAAUGUAAAGGUUUCUAACUUUAAAUGUCAUUCUCCUUUUAGACACAACUGAAAUUCCUUUGUCUUCCAUGGUAUUGGGAUGGGCUGGGGGCAGAAAUCUUCUUUCUUCUGCAUGGAGAGAUACAACUGGAGGGGAAAGUAAUUUGGCUUAAUUGAGCCGUUACAUGUUCAGAGAGCAACAGACCAACUUCCCUUACAAUACUGUAAAUGCCUUAAUAAUGUUUGAAUCCGUGCUCUUAUGCCUUAUGAAUGCAUUACAGUCCUUCAUCUUCAAUAAGAUUCUGCUGAGGGGUUAAACUGAGCUUUUACUUCUUAAAGUUACUCAUUCCAUGCACAUUUCACCUUAAUGUAAAAAGUUAAAAGAGGGAUUUCAUGUAUAUGAUUGAGGGAUUACGAUCCUACAGAUGUCAACAUUCCAUCAUCAUUGUCGUCAUCAUCAUCACUGUCAUUGUACUUCUUUUCCUUUUGCCUCCUUCACAGCUUAAUAAGUCAGAUUCAGAUUCUGAAAUGUCUUUGUUUUUCCCUGAUGUGACGCUCCCCUUGCUGGUGAGUUGACCAGACAACUGUGUCAUGGAUGAAAGUCACAACUCCAUCAAAAGAUAUUUAUAACAUAAUUAACUAACAUCAUUUUAAACCGAGGUACUGUGAAAUAGUAUAGCUAAAAGCCCUGGUCCACCUGAGGUUCAUUUACAUAGGUGUUUUUAGUUAUUUUAGCAGAUGAGAAAUCAUCACCAAAAGUAAUUUUAUUAUAUAAGAAUCAGAGCUCUAAAAACCAGAUAUCAGUGUUUGUUAUAUUAUGUAUCAUAUGAGACACCCUGUGUGAAUUGUACUGAAAGCUGGCCUGUAGGACACAGCUUUUUAGAUGCUGUGUGCAGUCACUGCCUGCAGCAGUUAUUAGCCAACAAAUCAACUGCUAAAACCAGAAUGUCCUCAGUUCAUAUUCCUAUUUCUACAGCUGCUCAAUAAACAAGAUACAAGAUAUGUAAAUUAGACAACUUUGGAGUUGUACAGUGGGUUGUUUUCUGUCUUGAUUGAGCUAGGCUAGCAGUUUCCCCUUGUCUCCAGUCUUUGUGCUAAGCUAGGCUAAUCACGUCCUGAAUGAAAGGAUUCCUUUAACACCCAGUCUGUGCUUUGUGUGUGUGCUGGUUGUUACUGAGCAGGUGAUGAGGUUAGGGUGUGAUGUCAUGAGGUACUGUGGAGGUUAGGCUUAGCAGCAGGUUUUCAGUAAGUUGUCAUGGCGACAGUGAUGAUGAUGUGAUGACCGGUCAGAGGGAGGGGAUUAGCCAUUAUGGGUGAGUGGGCAGAGUAGUCCAAACCAUAGCUGUGUUAGCAUGUUAGCUUCAUUAGCAUGUUAGCUUCACACUAUCUGAUGCCAUAAUAUGAAUAUAGAUACUGAUUACUGAGAGUAUUGUUAAUAAAUCAGUAAAUCACUGCUAACAUUUCAGAUGUGAUCAGUCAUCAUGCAACACUUCAGCACAAAUGUCUGAUACACAUGAAUCUGCAACUUGCUGGUUUUAUUGAGAAAAACUGCAAUUUUCCUACUUUGCACAGAAUCCACAGAACUGAUUGUUCACUGAACAAUUAAUUACUAAUCACCGAUUACUGAACAUCAACACAGUGUCUGUGUGGUCUUAGGUUUCCAGAUAUCCAAUCCAUUAUUGAAUACAGAAAAACCCUCGGAGUAGCUGAGGUGAAACAAUUGCUCUGCACCAACCAUUGGUGAGUGUGAUCACCUGUCAAUCAAGACAACCAUGCUCCUAAAUACCUCCUUAUUAUUAUUUCUUUUUUAAAAUUUUCUUCUUGGAACAAGGAUUCUGAAAAUGUCCACACAGACUCACAUUUGAAAGUAUCUACUGAAAGCUGAACCUUUGGAAAAAAAUGUAUUGACUUAGUGUUUUGCAGAUAUUCGUUUUUUGAUUUUUGGGAGCAAUUUAUGGUGAAUGGAUUCUAAGCUUGAAGGUCCAAUUAUGUAUUAAUGAUUCUGAGCCUUUAGCCAGUCUUUAUUCAGCUGAUGGCGCUGGCUCAGGUGUGAAUGCUCUAAAUCAUCACCCAUUAUUAAAUGGACCUUUCACCUUUAGAUUCUGACCAUUUUGAUUUUGUGUUUUUAGGAAACGUUCACUGAUCACAAACUGCUCUGCUGGACCAACGCUCACUGUGUGCUCUGAGGCUCUACAUGCUUUUAUUUUUAUUGAUCGUGUAUUCUU